UUAGGUAGUGAGUAGAAAAAUACAAGAUUUUGUAUACUUAAUAAAUUUUAAAUUAAUGGCCGUAAUUAUUUAGCAUUUAACAAUGUGGGGCUUGUGGUUUCUGAGUUAUUGUUUGGUGUUAGUACUAGGCGCGAUACCUGACACGCACGCACUAAGAAGGCGAAGGAUACCGGAGCAACAUGCCGGUGUCAGCGCGGCGCCAGGAGACACUGAGCUGGUCGCCGCAUUUGUCCUUUUUCGCCAUGGCGAUCGCACCCCGGAUCCGUCGGAACUAGCUACGUAUCCGAAUGCGCAGUUCGCUCCAGAAAUAUUCUUCCCAUUCGGGACAGGAGCUCUCACUAGUACAGGCAAACGGCGCGCGUUCCUAGUAGGCCAGUUCCUUCGCAAGCGAUAUGACGGGUUCAUAUCCCAGCUGUACCUACCUGAGGAGAUCAUCGUACGAACCACGGACCUGGCCAGGACCAAGAUGACGGCGCAGGCGGCGCUCGCGGCCCUCUACCCCCCGUCGCCGCAGCAGAGGUGGAGCCCGACCAUCAACUGGCAACCCAUUCCUUACGACUAUGUGCCAUACCAUGAUGAUGACUUAGUAUAUUGGGAAGACACAAACUGUCCCCGCUACAAUCAAGUUAGAGACCAGUUGUAUGAAAGACCAGACGUAGCAGCUGAAAUUCAGAAGUAUGAAGAAUUAUUCAAAUACUUGUCUGAUCACACCGGCACGAAUGUAAACACCACGAAUCAAGUGUUAAGUUUAGAGAGUUUAUUUGACGGAUUGAAUAACGUUGGCAUCAAGACGCCACUCUGGGCCCAAAAAGUGAGGGCAGAACUUAGAGAAGCAUCGAUUCUUGAAUACGAGAUCGAUUACAAAACGGACGAAUUAAUUAGAUUCACAACCGGUGUCCUGUUGAAUGAAAUAAUACAUUUGAUGGAGGCGAAGAUUGCUGGCAACAAGGACUUGCCGAAGAUGUUUCUGUAUUCAGCGCACGACAACAAUGUAGCAGGGCUGUUAGCCGGAGCCAGGGUCUUCACCCCACACCACCCCAAGUACGGGUCCGCCGUCGCACUAGAGCUCAGAAGAAACAAUGGCACUGGAGAAUAUUUUGUAGCCGUGGUGUAUUCUCCCGAGGCAGGGGGUCCAGCAGUAGAACUCGCCGUUGACGGCUGCGGGGGAGGCACUCUGUGCAGCUACAACAGCUUCGUAGGCCUCACACGCGCCGUGGUGUCGACGUAUGAUGAGUACCGGAAGGCAUGUGUAGCGGCCUAAACUUACACCUUACAAAAGAAUAUUCCGUGUCCGAUUAUGCAGCUAAAUAAAAAAUAUCUACAUUUAA